GCCUUCAUACAGAUCAUGAGCCACAAGGGUAGAUAUUUUAAGGAGGAGAGUGACACUCAGAGACUGGCUCAAAGGGUCCUCCAGCGAAACUUAAGUCAGCGUUCUUUCAGCAUCAGUAAAAUGGAUUUAGAAGACAACUAUGUUGAUGCUUUGGAUCCAGAGAAGUUAAUACAAUGUCCAUAUGAUCGCUAUCAUCAAAUCCGAGCCUGUCGGUUUCCCUAUCAUCUUAUAAAGUGCAGGAAGAACCACCCUGAUAUUGCAGAGCAGCUAGCCACAUGCCCCUUUAAUGCCCGCCAUCAGGUUCCCAGAGCUGAGAUCAGACAUCAUAUAUCAAGCUGUGAUGACAAAAGCUGCAUUGAGCAAGACAUUGUGAGUCAGUCGAAUAACUGCCACAGAGAGAUGAACACUGUCAGCAUGUGGCAGCCGUCCCCAUGUGACGAAGACUGGGAUAAAGAGCUACAGGAGCAAUCAGAUUCUGUGUUCGUUUGGGGCACGUUCAAUAGUGGCAUAAACAACAGCCCUGGGUCCAGCGUAGUGAUGGAACUAAAGAAUAACCUAAUGCCAGGCAUGAGAGCACCCAGGUCCUUGCCAUAUAGCCUAUCCUGGAAAAGCAGUAAGUGCAAAGGAGCUGGUAACUGAAGACCAGAGAAGAGAAGAGGCUGCUAUUGAGUGCUCAUCAUCUGUUUCCUUUAGAAAUGUGAGGUGCUGGUUAAGAGACUCAGACUAAACUCCCUCUGUGUUGGCUAAGCACUCACAGCCCUAACCUUCCUGCAGAACUGUCCUUCGCAUAUCUGGCUGCUGUCCUGAAAUCAUCCCAACCAAGGUAAUUGGACAGAAUGCUGUUAACCCUUGAUACCAGAGACUCUCAAAAACUAACUCCAUACACGCUGGUGCCAAGGAGCUAGCAGAGUUCAAACGGUCUGGAUCCGAAUGCUCUAUAAGUUACCUCCUGUAGGGUGUUUGCAUUAAUCAUUGCUGGACUCCUGCAUGUCUUUGGAUUAAAAUGUGUUGUGGCUGUUUA